GGGAUGCAAAGAACAAAGCAUUUGAAGAAGUAGCGGAAAUAGUAGUUCCGGAUUUUAAAAAUUUUGCGGAAGCAAAAAAGAACUUUUAAAAUUUUGCGUUGUAUUAUUCUCUUUAUCCAAAAAGCGGCAACAGCGCAGUUCUGGAGGCGCUGAGAACCGUCUCGUAGUAGACAUUUCGAUUGAUCUACGUGCUGUUGAAGAGUGAGGUUCCGUUUUGGAGGUUAAAUACAAGUAAGUCAUCCUUUUUCUGACUGUUUCCUUUUUAUGCUUAUACAUAUCAGCUAGCAUUUUUGGUAUUAAAAUUUUAAUUGAGAUACAAUAUCCAAUUAGGCCGUGACCAUGAGUGGUCAUGGCUCUCCCCCCGGAGAUCCGGGAGGAACAUUAAAUUAUUACAGGCAGGCAGUGAACGAUUUAAUUAUUAGAUCUCCUAGUACUCAAGAAGCGGUAAAGGGCCUAGUUAACUUGUCCCAAAUUAAUAAUAUUCCAUCCAUUUUGGAUAGAGAAUUUUUAUCACAACUAGACUGUAAUGACGAUUUUAAGAAUGAAAUAAAUGAGGUAGUUAAUAGAGGGUUUUGGAUCUCAGAAAAAGGGGAUCGAAUUGAUUUUGACAAUAAAAUAAACAUUCAAUCUAAUAUUCUAGUAAAAUCUCCACAAAAAAUGGAGCUCGACGCUUCAAAAAACAUCAACAAAAAAUAUGACCAUGAAAUUAUUUUAUAUUCCGUUUACGAUACAGGUCCUUUUAUAAUUAAUAUUGAAUCAGCUGAUAAUACAACUUUGCAUUAUCAAAGAGUAGGUAAAUUGCUAGCACAAAAUAAUAACUAUGAAAUUAUUAGAGUAACUAAGAGGGGUAGAAAUAGAAUGGCAGUUUAUUUUAAAAAUAUGACCAAAGCCAAUGAAUUUUUGGGUAAUGAAGAAUUUCUGAAACAAUAUAAUUUUAAAGCUUACAUUCCUAGGCAUCUCGUAACAUCUAAAGCAAUAGUUAGAGGAAUAGAUCCAGAAUUUACAGAGGCAGAUAUUCUUAAAAAUAUAAAAUCUGUGGGAAAAAUCACAAAAGUUAUAAAUGUUAGAAGGAUUAAGAGGAAAUCGAAGGAAAAUAAAGAGCUUGUGAAUACUUCAAUGAUUGUUUUGACUUGCAGAGGUAAGUUUAUUCCCCAGAAAGUUGAGUUAUUUUUGUGUAUUUUUUCAACUGAAAAGUAUAUAGAGCCGGUAAUACAAUGUUUUGGGUGCCUUCGUUAUGGUCAUACUCUGGCGCAAUGUAAAAGUAAACCUAGAUGUGACAGGUGCGGUCUAGAAAGAAUAGAACAAAUAGAAAAAAAAGAAAAAGAGAAUAGUCAUGAUAACUGUAUUGUAAAGUGUAUUUUCUGUAAAAAGAAUCAUUCUUCUACAGAAAAAGGUACGGACUUUAAAAACCGUGUUUGUCCUGAAUUUAUACGUCAAAAAAAAAUUAAAACAAUUAUGUCUUUAUAUAAUCUCUCAUUUUUUAAAGCUUCUCAAAAAACAAAAGCGGUAGUAGUACCUCAAAAGGAAUCAUCCAUGGUUCAAAGUACAAAUAAAAAUGUUUUCUCUGAGGACUUUCCUCCUAUUACUAAUGACAUAAUAGAAGAGGAAUUUCCCCUUCGGAAAAAUUUAACUUUUACAAAAGUACUUAAUAAAACCCCUCGUCAGCACGCAAAAAGGUCCUCACAAUAUAGUGAAGACCAUUUUCUUAAUUCAAACGGAAGAAUACAUGAAACACCUUCCAAACGCCCUUAUAUAUCAACUCCCAGUACCUCCCAACAGGCACAGGAAAUGACUAGUGAAAUGUCUCCCAACAAGGAGCAUUUUAGUGAGCUAUUUAUGCAUUUUUCCAAAAAUUUCCCAGAUAUUCUCUCAAAACUAAUAAAUAUACACUUUUCUCAAACUUCAAUGCAGGGUCAAACUGACGUUGCAUUGAAUAAAUAAUUACUUAGUUUAUUUAAAGUUUAUUUCAUUUAAUUCCUUUUUACUUUAAAAAGGAAAAAACAACAUAUAAAUUUCGUAUAUGGCAAAUCUUAAGAUAAUCCACUGGAAUAUUCGUAGUUUCCCAAAUAAUAAAACUAACUUAUUACUAUUAAUAAAAAAAUGUGAUCCUGACAUUAUCUCUUUAUCAGAAAUUUGGCUUAAAGCAAACAAAAAUAUAAACCUUAAAGACUAUAACUCCAUUUUAUUAAAACGAGAAGAUGGUAAAGGAGGUUCAGCACUUCUAAUAAAAAGAAAUAUACACUUCAAACAGAUUAAAUUAAAUUUUUUGCUUCCGGAAUCUGUCCAAAUGGUAAUAAUCCAAGUUAAUGAUAUAAAGAUUGGUUCUAUCUAUAUUGCUCCAGAUUAUGCAACUCAUGAUGUAUUUUGGAGAGAUAUUUUUAGUAGUUUGGGAGACACGUUUAUUUUGGUGGGUGAUUUCAACUGCCAUCAUAAAUCCUGGGGAAGUUUCAAAUGUAACACUAACGGUAAUAGGUUAAAAAGGUUUAUAGAUAAAAAAGAAAUAAAUAUAAUUAAUGACAAUAAAUCUACUAUGUUAAAUUGGAAUAAAAUCAGUAUUAUCGAUUUAGCAAUAUGUUCUAGUAAUCUACUACUAAACUGUAAAGAAGCUACUUUGGAGGAUAAUUAUGGUAGUGACCAUUAUCCGCUUGAGGUUCAUUUGGAAUUUCCCGGAAAGGGGAGAGGUAAAAAGCACAUUUCAAUACAAACUAAUAAAAGGAAUUAUAAGAGAGCUAACUGGAAUAAUUUCUAUUCCUCCCUGGAUGAAUACAAUUUUUCAUCUUUAACUUAUGAAAAUUUCAUAGACCUUCUUAACGAGAAAGGUGAUGCUAGUAUUCCAUAUAAAUCCUUUAUUCAAAACGAUUACAUAUGUCCAUGGUGGGAUGAGGAGUGUUCAGACAUGAUACGGGAGAGAAGGAGAGCCUUAAAGUCAUUUCGUACAAAUGGUAACUUAACUCUUUUUGUAGAAUUCAAAAAAAUAUCAGCAAAGGUAAAACAAUUUUUAAAAAAGAAAAAAUUUCAAUCGUUUCAUAAUUUUGCAUCAAACCUGAACAGGGAAAAUAAUAUAUCAAAUGUUUGGAAAUCAAUAAAAAUAUAUAAUAAGGCCAUGAUAAGAGAGAAUUAUUUCACUAGCAAUAUGGAUACAUGGAAGGAGUCUUUUUUGGACUCUCUAGCUCCCCCGUAUUGUGUUAAUCUCCCUGACUUUGGUAACAAUUGCUCAAAUAGUUUUCUACUUAGAAACAUAUGUAUAUCGGAACUAACUAGAGUACUAUCAAGGGUUAAGGAUUCCUCUCCAGGACCCGAUAAUAUCUCAUAUAGUAUGCUUAUUCACUCACCACUCAAAGUAAAGAUGUUUUUAAUUCGUUUUUUUAAUAAAAUUUUAUCAGGAAAUCAGGAAAUCCCGUCAGAUUGGUACAAUUUCACAAUCAUCCCAAUUCUCAAACAAGGUAAAAAUCCAGAUGAUCCUAAUAGUUAUCGUCCCAUAGCAAUGUCAUCUUGCAUUAGAAAAGUAUUUGAACACAUUAUUAAGGAUAGAAUUGAGUGGUGGGUGGAAAAGAAUCAAUUUAUCCCAAAUUUUCAAUUCGGCUUCAGAAAAGGUCUUAGUACCUUAGAUAAUGUUUCAAUUCUAACAAAUGAUAUUAUUGCCAAUCUUCUUAAAAAGAGUUACCAUACUCUGGCUCUUUUCCUAGAUAUCUCUGCAGCAUAUGAUAAUGUCCUGCCGGAUAAAUUGAUAUCAAUCCUGUCAGAUUUGAAUCUCCCAUCUGCUCUGGUUAAGAUUAUAUGGGAAUUAAUUUAUAAAAAACGCAUCAUACUUACAUCAAAUAAUGGAACUAAAAAUAGUAGAACAUCGUUUAAAGGUUUACCACAGGGGUCUAUUCUCAGCCCAAUUCUUUUUAACCUUUACUUAAGAGAUAUAGAAUCAGCCAUAAAUAUUAACACUAAAAUCCUUCAAUAUGCAGAUGAUAUAGUGAUCUAUUCCUGUGGUAUGGAUACUAGGUUAUCAGAACAUUUUAUUAAUUACUCUUUAGAGAGUUUGUCUUUAUGGCUGAUGGAGAGAGGUCUUACCUUGAGUCCAUCCAAAUCAAAGGCUAUACUUUUUUCCAAGAAUAGAACUUUUCAACCCUUUAUUAGGCUAAAUAACGAACAGAUUGAGGUAGUAAAUUCUAUAAAAUUUUUGGGAAUUUUUUUGGAUUAUAAUUUAAGUUGGUCUUCUCAUAUAAAUGAUAUUGUUAACAAAUGUUAUAGAAUAUUGAAUAUUUUAAAAAGUUUAACAAGAGUUUCUUGGGGAGGUGACCCUAAGACACUAUUAAUGAUAUAUAGAGGUUUGGUUAGGUCAAGACUAGAACAUGGCAGCUUUUUAUUUAACGCUUGCACUAAAGGUCUUUCGGAAAAAAUGGACAGGAUCCAAUAUCUAGCCCUUAGAAUUUGUUUAGGGAGUAUGUCUUCAUCCCCUACUAAUGCGUUACAGAUGGAAGCAUCUGAACCACCAUUAAACAUUAGAAGACAAUUAUUAGCAGAUAGAUUUAUUUUAAGAAAAUUUGCCAUAUCAUCAGAUAUGGUGAUAAAUAGUUUGCAAAAAUACGAUCCCCUCUACUCAAAGAGGUCCAAAGCCCUAUUAAUAAAAAAUAACUGCCUAUUCAAAUCGUUUAAAAAAUAUUAUGAAACUUCAAAAACAUUUUUAAGAAAAUCCAAAACACCAAUUUUUACUUAUAACUUUUUUGAGCAACUUGUCCCAAUUUCGGUGAUAUUGGAAUGGGGUGUUCAGAAGAGUUCGAACACAUGUCUUAUAAAAAAACUUUUUGAACAGAAAAUUAAUAAUGAUUGGUCCGAAUUUGUUCAAAUUUAUACAGAUGGAUCUGUUCAAAAGGUAAAAGGUUCAAGUUCUUUCGGAAUAUACAUCCCCUCUCUUAAUAUUGAAAGUUCAUAUGAGAUUGAUAGUAGAUCUUCAAUCUUUUUAGCGGAACAAUUGGCAAUUUUAUAUGCACUUAAAAUAUGUUUGGAUAAAAAAAUUAAGAAAUUCAUAAUAUUUUCAGAUUCUUUUAAUUGCUUAUUACAGAUCAAGAAAAAUUCUUGGAAUUCUAAAUCAAAUAUUACAAUGUUAGAAAUUAAUAAAAUAUAUUUUGAAAUUACUAAAAAUAAAGGAUACGGAAAGCUUUGUUGGAUACCUGGUCACUCCGGGAUCAAAGGUAAUGAAAAGGUUGAUCAGUUAGCAAAAAAGGGUCAAAAAAGGGUAGAAAAUUUUAAAAUUCCAGCAAAUGAACUCUACAAAGAGGCCAACAAACAUUUGCUUUUUAGUUGGAAAAAAUUUUGGUACAAUUCAGUAAAAAAGAAAGGUAAAAAUUACAUUUUAUCAGAAAACCACAUAUGGAAAAUUCCAUGGUUUAACAACUCAGAAUACUUGGGGAGAGACUUUAUAACAACAAUAAGUAGAUUUAGGCUGGGACACAAUGCAAUUCCAGCUCAUUUAUUCCGUAUAGGAGUAAAAGACGAUCCUUUUUGUGACUGUGGUUUUCCUACCGUUCCUGAUUUUUUCUUUGUUUGUGCUGUUACAUAACCUAAAUAUUUGACUUACAAAAGAAGAAACCUCCAUAAACACUCUUGACGACGAAAAAAACAAAAAACUAGUAGCUGGCCAGUAAGAGCUCCAUUGUCUCAAGGCCAAUUUCCUUUGAAAGGAAAUAAAUAAGUAAGAAGAAGAAGAAGAAGAAGUAGACAU